UGUCAGAUUAUCUGAAAAGGCUGAUACCAAUUCUAGAAGCGGCAGUUUCUUCCAGCGUUCUCUCGUCCUCUUACUAUGGUGUUUCCUCUUCCUGGUGUACUCCAAGCUUGGACAUAGCCAUAAUUAUGGAGAUCCAAGACGAUGGGAUUCCAAGAUUUGGAUCUCCGAAUCUGACGGACUGAAAAGACUACUCAAAAGAUCCUACGGCUAGGAGAAUCUCAUAGAGUAAGUCAAAUAAAGUCAACAUCAUUUGGGGGAAAACGUGAGGGACGAAGAUCCCACUUAUUCCGGAAGUUUUUCUAUUGUAGUCCAUCCAAUAAAUCAAUACAAUGAUUAGUUUACUAAAUAUAAAAAUAAGAACAGCGACGACCAAUAACAUUUCUCUCUAUAUGUUUAUUUAUCCGGCUUGCUUGAAUCCAUAUAAGAAAAGUGGUCCCUCGCUUUUCAAUUUGCAAUACAUUUUCACCAGUUGGUUAUUCAGUUUGGCUAUAAAAUAUUUAAUUAUUUUUAAAUCUGUCAAUAAUAGAUGUAUAUAUAUAUAUAUUAUGUUACAUCACCAGUAAAUAAUAUUAUAACUUUAUGAAGCAUCUGAUCUAAGCUAAAAGAAACGGUAAUAUACGAGUAGUUUACAGUGGUUUACAGUGGGUUCCCCAGUAGUAUACUCUAGGGGACAAGCUUUCACGUGGAAUCCAAAUGGAAAAGCUUCUUUAGUUUCUAGCAUUUUCGAAAUUUAUAUGCUUUUUUUUUUAACACUAGACGGUAAUUAUCUGAUUUGAUGUCUUGAUUUAUUGUUGAUGUAGCAGAAUAGUAUAAUAUUUGAUUAAAAAAAAAACAAAAUGAAAGAAAGAACUGGUACGUAUUAUUAACCCCCUUAUAUUUCUUCUUAAAAUCCAUAUUAAAACGAAUCCUGGAACAUAGAUAUCUGGCUAAUCUAUCUAAACCUGUUGUUUUUAUAAAUAAGCUAUUUAAUAGUAUAUGAUAUGUAUAUGCAUCUAACAACUUAGAAAGUGAUAAUGAUGCUCUCUAGUUCAGGUCCAACAUAUUACGCUGGGAAUGUGUUUAAGUUAAGCCUUCCUCAGAUUUCAAAUAUUUAUCCAUCAUAAGAUGUUUCUUUUGUGAUGAAAAGACCAUGGUUUGGAAACACGGAGAAGUAGAGAACAUUCCCCUAGCGCCCUUCAAGUCGACUACAGCCCUAGUCAACUCGGACUCCAUUCAACAUGCUCUCACUCUAGCCCCGGCGCUUGUUUGUCUACCACCGACGGGUAUCACAACUGACCUCUUCUCUUGGUUAUGCUGGAACCUAUGGACGGCUCGAAACCGUCUCAUCUUUGAAAACAGAGUGACCUCACACGCUGCAGUCGUCACCAACGCGCUUGUCAAUGCCAGGGAAUGGAACCAGGCCCAGAAGAUCCCCAGCCCCCCGGGACCAACACCAACAUCAGCUCCCCUAUAUCACGCGCCACUUCCCCCUGAUACCUCGCUUUGCAACUCGGAUGCGUCGUGGUCACAGCAAUCCUUGCAGGCGGGUCUAGGCUGGAUUCUCGUUAACGAAACACUACCACAGGCCCUCUUCGGAUCCUCAUGCUGCAACUACGUCACCUCCCCCUUCCUAGCAGAAGCACUUGCGAUCAGGGAAUGUCUCCGAGCUGCCCGAACAGCUCAAGUUACCAAAGUCUGGAUGCGUUCCGACUCUCAAUCGCUCAUCAGAGCCAUCAACUCGAAAACCUAUCCAAUGGAGCUCUUUGGGGUUCUUAUGGAUAUCGAGCUUCUAUCGUCUACUUUUGGUUUUAUCUUGUUUACUUUCAUCCCAAGAGCUCAGAACUCUGGAGCUGAUUCUCUAGCAAAAUCAGCUCUUUGUAACAGCUCCUCUGCUUUGUUGAACUGAUUUCCCCUUUAUUAAUGAAGUUUGUGUGUUGUUCAAAAAAAAAAAAAAGAGAACAUUCCCCAAUCUAGAUGACUAGAUGUUGUUCUAUAAAAACAGAGAAGUUUUUUUUUUUGAAACACUAUAAAAACAGAGAAAAAUCAUCUAAUUUGUUCUAUAAAAGUAAAAAACUUAGUGGUCAACUUAAAUUUCAUGUAAACUGUGAUAUCAAUACUAUUAAAACAGAAGCAAUUUUUAUCUACUUACAAAUAGUCUAGGUUAGACCAUUAUAUUUAAUUAUAUUUCAUAUUAUUUCUAUUCAUAUCUAAUUUAAUUAUUAAAUAUACAUCAUACCUAAAAUUAAGGAACUAACUAACUAAUCUGUUAUCUUUUAAACUAAUGAAUUUAAUUUAUAUUAAUUCG